UUCUUUAACUUUUCCGCGGUUAUUUUCAUUACCAGCGGUGGAUGAACGACUUAUACGAGUCUAAAAUUGACACGCUUCAUACCAAAAACAAUAACCAAAACAUAUUAAGUUGAUCACUGUUUGUUUAACUUUUUGGUUGGUAGCGUCAUUGACAUUGUUUGGAAUACUAGCAUGAGGCAAAUUUUCGAUGACUUCACGAUUUUCACUGAAUGCUUUGUGUCACUCAAAGACUUGUGUUCGUGAUAAGUAGACUCCGCCAAACACUUUUGCAAUAUGUUCAACGAUUCCGUAGCCGCGAUUCCAUUCAACUUUUUCUAUGGUAAAAAUUGCCCGACAAAAAUUUUUUUUAUCGAUUCAGUUUCCACGAGCAGCUUAAAUAAUACAAUCCGUGUCAAAUUCUGCAAGUAAGUCCUCUCUCAUAUUUACUCCAAUUAUCUACAACAACAUCAUCUCUCCCAUCUGCCACACUAAUCUACAAUACCACCCCACUGUGCGAUUGUGGUUUAUUCAACGUUUGAAGUGCGUUUACUAGACAUACCACAACGUGCGAGUAUAUCCUCAAUACUAUGUUGUCACUUCCACUUACAACAAAAACUGAAAACUUCUCUAAACGUAAAAAUGUACUUUCUAUGUAAAAACAAUAAUAACGCUAAAGUACCGUUGUUGACUAAUAAAAAUACUUAUCAUAAGCAUUUGCUGAUAAGCGAUAAGAAAAAAUAAACAUAUCUUUUGCGGCAUGACUAAAAGUAUGUAUAAAUACAAACCAGUCAGUAGGUCGCUAGUAAGAAACAAUCAAUCAGUGUUUAUUAAUACAUUCGAAGUCAGAGAAACAAAGAAAAUAUUUUAAAAUUUUUUCAAAACCAAAAAAGUUUCUAAAUACAAAAACAAAAAAUGCUGUAUAAAAAAUUCUACAUAAUAUUUGCCACGCUGAUGGCCGUCUGCCAUGCCAAUACAAUAACAACACUUGCUGAUGAAGCGCCAUUAGAGACGGACCAGAACCAAGAGGACCAGCCAUGCCCACUGAUCUGUCCGCUUUUGUAUGCGCCUACUUGUGGCUUUGACGGCGUAGACUAUGAGCAAUUCGUCAAUCCAUGUAUGCUGGAAGUGGCCAACUGCGCGCGUAGGAAGGAGCGUGUUUCACUAAAACAAGUCUUCGCACAGACCGACAAUGAUUGGUGCAGUACGAAAUUGAUAAAUAGCCUCUAUGAAAUCAUGGGUAAUUUUGCUGACAAUUUGAACAAAGUGGAAUGCUUGAAACCCUGUCCGAUGAUUUACGAUCCCGUGUGCAUUUCGAAUGGCGAAUAUCGUGUCACCAUCGCCACCGCCUGCCAAUUGGACACAUACAAUUGUGCGCUCAAUAGCACUAAAUUGGGAUCCCAACUCUUCAGAAUAUUGAGCAACAGGAAAUGCGAACAGAACUAAAUCCAACAAACAACCAGUCAUCAAUUGGCAAUAUUUCAGUUAUAAAUUAGUAUAGAAAUCGUAAAAAGAUACUAAAAUGUUCAAUUUUAUAUAAAGCAUUUUGGGUCUCUUAACAAACCUGUUCCAAUAAAUAUGUGAUUAUGAAUAUACAUAUAAUAGAAUCUAUA